AUGAAACUCAUUCUCUUAUUCUAUCUCCUCGUCUCGUUGGUUGUCGCAGAAGGAGACUAUGUACAAGACCAAUAUGUGUAUGAGUUAACACCUUCAAAUUUUGACAAGGUUGUUCUUAAGACCAACUACACAUCCAUUGUAAAGUUCUACGCACCAUGGUGCGGUUACUGUAAGCAGUUGCAGCCCACAUUUCUGAAGUUGGGUAAGUUUAUUCAUGGAGAAGGUAAGUAUGCUACUAACGUUGUUGCUGUCAACUGUGACAGGGAAGUCAACAAGCCCUUGUGCGCCAAGUACCAAGUUUCGGGCUUCCCCACUGUCAUGGUGUUCAGACCACCUAAGUAUGAGGACAACGAUCCGAAGGCUAGCUCAAAGUCGAAUAGACAUGCAUCCGAAGUUUAUAAUGGAGAGAGAUCUUUGAAGGCUAUAUGGACGUUCUUGCAAUCCAGAAUUAAAAAUUAUGUCAAGAAGUUCCAAUCUGUUUCUUCUGAAGCUCUCAAGAAUUGGGUGGAAGACAGUUCCAUUGGGUUCAAGAAAGUGAUCAUUUUGACUGAGUCUACAAAGGCCACAGGCCCUAUGCUCAAGUCCUUGGCUAUCGAUUUCCUCUCUAGCUAUAGAUUUGCCUCUGUUAUUCUGAAGACCGGUGGUGUAACCACUGGAUCGGAACCAAGCUUUACUGUCAAUGGCAAGAGCGUAUCCAUUCCUGAAGGCUUAGCACUUCCUGCUUUGCUUGUUCUUGAUGAAAACUCUGGAAGCUUCAAAACUCUCGAAAUUGGUAACAAGAAGGUCGAUAACAUCAAAAUAAGCGAAUGGCUCGUAGAACAGAACAAUGGAGUGAAGCCUACUGAAGGUCCGUUGUCGAAGAAGGAACAAAAGUAUUACUACAAAUACAGAACUGGUAAGAAGCCAAAACAAGAACAAGAAGCACACGAUGAGUUAUAA